AUGGGGGACGAUAUGCCUAGUAGCAGCAAAGAACGCGACCUUGAGGAAGAAGUGAUUAAGAAGCUGACCGACUGCUCAUUAUCGGUGAAGGAAGCGGGUGAUAUAGAGAUACAACCAAGGGAUGUUAAAAACAGCGAGGAGGAGUGUCGGCGGAGCUUGUUUGGAAAGGGGGUGAGCUGGGUAGUUUUUUUAAAAAUCCUAGUUGUUGUGGAUACAAAAGAGCCAAUUCCGAGAUGUACUAAUGUGAAACUUGGGGAUGAAAGGGUGAGAGUGUCUUUUAGAUAUGAGAGGUUGGUCGACCUUUGUUACUACUGUGGAAGGAUAGGCCAUCUAGAUAGAAAUUGUGGGGAGAGAAUGGAGGAUAUUGACAAGAAGAAAGUAAAGGAAGGGCAAUUUGGAGAACGGUUAAAAACUACUGAGAAAUUCCCUGGGGGCAGGAGUAGCUAUGCCAGCAGUUCUGAUGUUAAAGCCAACCAGCCCAUUUUCAACUCAAAUCAGAAUCCUCUUGGGUCUGAGUGUGAGACUCCAUCUUCAUCUCAUCAAGAUCGGAUCAAAGGACCAGAUCAGAGGAAGGAAGCCCACAGUGCUGUGAAGGGUUGUACAACUUUAAUAAUUGGAGAGGAGGAACACCCAACAAUACAAGCACCUGAGGAAGAGGAGAUUCCUAACGAGGGGGAGAACUUCGCCAAGAUGAUUGAGAACCCUAUGGACAUUGAAGUAGUGACUGGGAGCCCAACAAAUGAAGUAGAGAAAAACUUCGCUAUGAUCAAUGUAGAGAGGCUUGUGAAGACUCACAAUGCAACAUGGAAAAGGAGGACGGCCUCUGUGAGGAGAGUAGGGAGAAGAGGAGGAAGUUUCAGUCUGAUGUUGAAAAGGUGGAGAAGGCCAGUCUAA